AUGACAGGCGCCAUCUUUCAUUCCCAUCACGACCUCAUCAGGCAGAGAGGACAGCAAUUUGAAACGGACCUCCAGCGGGGAGAAUUUCAUCCUCUGCUUCUGCAGCAGGUUGUGGGCACCUUUCUGCUGUUGCUCAUCCCGCUCGUCAUUCCUCACAGGAACCGCAGCCAUUCCCUCCUCCUGCGAUACGGGUUUUUCUCAAUUAUUUUCUGCGUGUGUGCCUAUACGAUAUACACAGUUCGGGCAAUAAGCUUAGCGAAUGGGUACGGAGUGGGGUUGGUUACUUCUUGGUUCCUUGUCUGGAGUGCGACAAUUCUCGUUUUCAACGAUGUCCAGCAGGACUUCAAGAGGAUAGAGAAGGUCACCGAUGUACAGGGCCGUUAUAACAACGAAAACCCUGAGCCAAACGGCUCCCCAAUAAGUACUGAAAAGGGCGAGGCUGUGAAUGGAAGAGUGUCUACAUUGCGACUUCGUCGAACGAAACAUUCGCCCAUUCAAGAGUCAUCAAGCCCCGACGAAAAGGUGUAUCGGUGGCAGCCAUAUCCGCGCUCCUUUGGCCACCGUCUUGAUUGGGUGUUGGAUCUCAUAUUCAAUUUCCGGGGCCCGGAAUGGAACUGGCGGGUGAGAGCACUCCCUCCUAUACCUGAUUCAGUGACCAAAGACCUUGGAGGUCAGGCACCUACAUCAGAGAUGGAAGGCUCGCGGGCUGUUCAAGACCCGCGGAAACGACUAAGACAAGCUUUUCACAGCAUGUUGCGAAACUACAUAGCUUUGGAUGUCGUCAAAGUCCUUAUGAACCGAGACCCAUUUUUCCGAGGUCUCGUUUCGCCCAGUCCACCUCCGCCGUUUCCUUUCCACUUCCUGGCAUUUUCGCCCCUGCUAGUCCGCUUCUAUCGCCUCUUACUGAGUCUCAUCGGAGUCUGCUGCGCCCUCCAGUUUAUCACAUCUUUCAAUCCGAUAUUCUUCCUGGGGCUUUCCUGCGCCUUUCCGCAGCUAUCACGGGCAAUCACCCACCAACCCCUCGACGAGGCAUGGCUCUACCCGGAGCAAUUCGGGCCCGUAAGCGCUGCUCUGGACCACGGCCUGGCCGGCUGUUGGAGCCUAUGGUGGCACCAAAUGUUCCGCUUUGGCUUCUCCGAGGUCGCACGCUUCGUUCACGACCUGCUGCUUCCCCCGUGUGAUCGUAGUAGUGAUAAAUCCCAUCGGAAGAAGAACGCCAGACGCGCUAUCCAAAUCCUGAUCGCAUUCUGCGUUAGCGGUCUGCUGCACGCCUCCGGCAGCUACACCCAGUUCGCCACGACGAAGCCUUCUGGUCCGAUACUGUUUUUCUUCCUGCAAGCCCCGGCCAUCCUGGUACAGCGCUUCCUAUCCCGGGCCGUCCUCCCUCGCCUGCUUCCUUUCAACCCGCCACGAUGGCUGCGAAGGGUCACGAACCUCGCGUUUCUCGUCGCUUGGUUCAUGCUCACGGGACCCCUCAUCGUGGACGAUUUCGCCAGAGGUGGAAUAUGGCUCUUCGAGCCCGUACCCCUGAGUCCGCUGCGCGGCAUGGGCUUUGGCGUCGAGGGCGAUGGCUGGCUGUGCUGGGAAGAACCGGUCUUUCGGUGGUGGGAAGGCCUUCGUGGUCUGUUUUGGCCUUGA